AUGCAUUUUAUAUACGGUAUACCUAUUUGUCCGUUAUGUCCAUUAUAUUCUGAAAAAUCAAUUUCGGAUACUCAAGAUAAUGACGAUCGACGAACAUUAGAGAAAAUAACAUUGUUUUCUAAAAAAUUACGAGGACGUUUUACAAAAACGACUAAUAUUGAUGAACAUGAGGGAACAGAUGAAGAAUUUGAUGAAAUAUCAUUGGAUAUUGAAGAACCAAGUCCAAAUGCAUUCAAUGGUCCACGUGGAUCAGCAGCAAAUGAAAAUUUAUAUAAAGACGAUGGAACAAUAUCAAAAACAGGAAACAACGGAAAUGGUCCAGAGCCAAAUAAUGCAUUUUAUAAUUGUAUUGAUAGUGCACCAGAUAUACCAGAACGAGGAAAAGCUGCACCAUUGGAUAGUAUUCGACUGGAUAUGGGUAUAUCGGCAGGUAAACGAUCAGCGGGUGUGGCUAGUGCAAUUGGAAGACAUAAUUUAAAUGAUGAAGAUUUACGUACACAUGUUUACAAAAAAACGUUACAAGCUCUUAUUUAUCCCAUAUCUCUUACGACUCCACAUGAUUUUGAGUUUUAUAAUUUUACUCAUCCAACUUAUUGUUAUGAAUGUGAAGGAUUAUUGUGGGGUCUUGCAAGACAAGGUCUCAAAUGUCAUGAGUGUGGAGUCAAAUGUCAUGAAAAAUGUAAAGAUUUAUUAAAUGCUGAUUGUUUACAACGACGUGCUCAAAAGAAUGUUAAACAUGGUGCUGAAGAUAAAGCGAAAACUUUAAUGGAAGCUAUGCACGAAAAAAUGACGGUGAGAGAACGAACAAAACCGGCCAUAUUUAAAACAAUUAGAGAUGUAUUUAAUGUUGAUGAAAAAUCUCAUGUUGGUCAUAUGAAAGCCGUAAAACAAAGUGUACUUGAUGGAACAUCGAAAUGGUCGGCUAAAUUAGCUAUAACUGUGAUAAGUGCUCAAGGUUUAAUAGCCAAAGAUAAAUCUGGCACUAGUGAUCCCUAUGUUACUGUUCAAGUUGGAAAAGUAAAAAAACGAACGAAAACAGUUUAUUCCGAAUUAAAUCCGUCAUGGAAUGAAAAAUUUUUCUUUGAAUGUCAUAAUUCUUGUGAUCGUAUCAAAGUUCGUGUGUGGGACGAAGACAAUGAUAUUCGUUCAAAACUAAAUCGUCGAUUGAAUCGUGAAUCCGAUGAUUUUUUGGGUCAAACAAUUAUUGAAGUUAGGACAUUGUCAGGAGAAAUGGAUGUAUGGGAUGAAGAUGAUGAUAUUCGUGCUAAAUUAAUGCAAAAAUUAACGAGAGAAUCAGAUGAUUUUUUGGGACAAACGAUAAUUGAAGUUCGAACAUUAUCAGGAGAAAUGGAUGUCUGGUAUAAUUUAGAAAAACGUACCGAUAAAUCGGCUGUUAGUGGUGCUAUUCGUUUACAUAUUAGUGUAGAAAUUAAAGGAGAAGAAAAAGUUGCUCCAUAUCAUGCACAAUAUACGUGUCUACAUGAAAAUUUAUUUUAUGCAUUAUGUGAAGCUAACAAUGGUCAACCAAUUAUACCAGACGCAAAAGGAGAUGAGGCAUGGAAGGUAUUUUUUGAUGAUCCAUCACAAGAUAUUGUUGUUGAAUUUGCGAUACGUUAUGGUAUUGAGUCAAUUUAUCAAGCCAUGACUCAUUUUGCUUGUCUUUCAAAUAAAUAUAUGUGUCCGCGUGUUCCAGCCGUUAUGUCAACACUACUAGCAAAUAUAAAUGCUUUCUAUGCACAUACAACAGCAACAACAGCUGUUUCAGCUGCUGAUCGAUUUGCAGCAUCGAAUUUUGGCGUACGUUUUACAU